AUGAAUAGUGGUCAAACAAAAAUCAAUGGUUUUAUUCUUAGUUUGGUUUCUCUUGGCUGUAAUACAUUUGCAUGUUUAAUAUCAUGCAUAGUUUUUCUUAUUAUUCUAUAUCAUCUUUAUUAUAAUCAUGUCAAACGUAAAGACAAAAUAACUAUUGUUCUUUGUGGUCAUAUCUAUUUGGAAAGUUUAAUAUAUUCAUCAAUGUUAAUAUCAAUUAGUGUUCGAUCAAUUCUGGGUGAUUUAUAUAAUCAAUCUUUUGAUUCAUCAUGGUGUAUUUUUUCAGGAUACUUAGCUAUGAUAUUGCUUGGUAUGUUAUACUUCAAUUUUCUAAAUCAGGCAUUUUAUCGUCUUAUUCGAAUUGCUUAUUUUCAAAAUAAACGGCUUCAAUCUGUAAAAUUAUAUGUAAUUUUACCAUUUAUAGAAAUAAUAAUCCUAACAUGUAUUCUUCUAUGUAUUCUUAUACCUUUGAAUGGUGUAACAUAUUUACCAAAUGAUCACUUUUGUUAUCCAUCAUUCACAAAUAUUCCUAGUAUUCUUUCAGUAGCAGUUGUCGUUUAUAUAGGUCCAUUUUGUUGUAUAUCAUUUAUUUAUAUCCAUAUAACAAGAUUUAUUAAUCGACAAGGAAAUAUUCAAACAUUAAUAGUAAAACAACGACAAUCUCGAGAUUUACUUAUUACUCGACGUAUUUUAACAAUUGUUAGUUUAUUACUUAUUCUUGGAAUACCUGCAAUGACGCUUAUAUUUAUGUUUAUAAUAACAGGUGAAGCAAAUCCAUUAAUUCUUCGAAUUGCAUUUUUGCCAGUUAGCGCAUCCCAAACAGGAUUGAGUGUAGCAUUACUUUUUUGUAUUCCACAGCUAAAAAAUAUUGUUCUAAACUUACGAAAACCACGCACACUGAUGCCUACCAAUCAAACCAUGCUAGGGACAGUACAAGUGAAAACAAUUGUUGGUACUCAAUAA